UUCAAGGCGCUCCAAAAUCUUACUCCCAAACACCUUCCUAGCUUUUUUCUCCCACCAUUCUGCGUCUCCCAUUUCUAUUUCUCGCAGCAUUUUAUGCAGCUUGAACCCCCUGCUUUCCUAAUAUGUGCUCCCCACAAGCAUCUCAAGAUCCCCAUCCCAGGCAGCCCUAGGCAGUUUUUAAGUUUCUACCAAGCUCCACUAUACUGGCAAGGCAACUUUCCCCAAGCAAGUCUUGUUUGCUUCGGAAAGUCGCAGGCGCCCAGGAAUGAACAGGAUAACCGCUAGUGGCUCCAGAUGUCAGAAAACAGAUGACCAGAUCGAGCACGCGCAGAUCUCUGGUUGGUCGGCUGUGUGCCUCCGGAAGGGCCGUGCUCGUCCAAUCACCGAGAGGGAGGGCACGUUGAGGGUGAUGCCAGGAAUCAAGAUGGCGCCCUCGGUCCGCUCUCAGCCACUUUGGUCUCUACCUGAAGAGCCACGCCCCGUCUGCUACACCCAACCGGUUGGUUCUUCAAUCACAGAGAGGAAAGGCAACAGGAGGAAGACGUCAGGCGCAAAUAUGGCGUUCCGGACGUGCUCUGCAGUUUGCUUGGCCUCUACUCAAGGUGCACCGGAUGUCCAAUCACCAAGGAAUGCUGAUGGUAUAGCAAGAAGGUAUUCUGAGCAUUAUAUCAAUGGGGAGGUUCUAGAUCUUUCGCAAAGCAGGAGCAAGCUGCCCUGUUGUGAGCUCUCUGGUGGAGAGCCCCACAUGGCAAGAAAAUGAAAAGCCCCCUGGAGAGACAAGAGCUGAGGCCCAGGAUACAAUAUCCUGAAAAAAACUGAAUCCUGCUGACAACUGCCCAAGUGAAGCUGGAAGUGCAUCUUUCCGCAGUGGAACCUUGAGAUGACUGCAGCCCUGGCUGACAACUUGAUUGCAGCCUGUGAAGGACCCUGAACUAGAGGACUCGGCGAAAUUGUGCCUGGAUUCCUGACCUACAGAGGCAGUGAGAUAAUAAAUGCUGUUGUUUGAGGCCACAAAGUUUUGAGGUAUUUGUUAAUACAGCAACGGAUACUUAAUACAGCUUCCUACAUGGUCUCCCUCCUUCACCCUUCACACUACAGUCUGUUGUCCACACAGCAGUCAGAGAUCCUUUUGAAACGUAAGUCAGAUCAUCAUGACACUUACUUCCUUGCUAAGUGGGCUGCAAGGCCUUUCACAGUCUGAUCCCCUAUCCUCUCUCUUUCCCCAUCUCCUAUCAUUCUUCCCCUUGCAAAUUUUCUUCCAGCACGUGGGCCUGCCUGCUGUUCUUCAGUAUGGCAAGCAACCUGCUGCCCGGAGCCCACACACUGACUGUCCCCUCUCCUAGGACACUCUUCCCUCAAGGGCUCCCACAUCUUGCCUGCUGGCUCCCGCAUCUUCUUCAAGUCUGCUUAAAUGUCACCUUCUCAGUGAGGCCCAUCCUGGCUAUCCUCUUUCAGUUCUGACACAAAAUAAUUUAUCCCUUUAUUACAUCGUUAUUUUGUUGUCUUCCCUCCUUCUGUUCCUACUAAAAUUUAAUCUCUAGGAAAGCAGAAAACGUCUUGUUCUUUGCUGUAACCCAAGUGCCUCGAACAUUGCCUCAUUAAUUGCUUGCACUCAAUAAUAUGUGUUGAAUAAAUGGGUUAAGUAGUUUAUUAAUUGUGAAGCUAAAUCCCGUCUGAAAGGUUUGGAGCAGCUUGUUGAAAUAGCAAAUAGAGAUUCUGUGUUUUAAGUUGUGGUUUAGGUAGAAUCAUCCAUGAUGUACGUGGAGCCAGAUCCUGCGUCCUGGAAUCAAAUAUCUGUAUCUGACCUGUGGGUAAUUAUAUUGCUAUCCUAUACCUUUGACCCAUUCAUCUCGGCUCACCUGUGAUCCAGGCUAUACUCCUAAACUUGGGUGAGAGAGUCUGCAACACAAGGAAAACACAGAGCCAUCAUUUAGUAAAUCACACCCAUAAUAAUACAUUUUGUUGUUAAAUGUA